CUAGGCUCCUCCUUCUCCUCCCCUUAACCCCUUCAGCCGCUCGUUUUGAGGAGAAGUUCGGGAAGCAGCCCUGCAACCCUCCAGCACGUGGAAUGAGCUCUUGGGCUGCGCCAUCCACAGACACGUCCAGAAGCCGGCGCUGGGGAAAUGGACCCGGUGACCUUCCUGGACGUGGCUGUGAACUUCACCAAGGAGGAGUGGGCGCUGCUGGACCCUGCGCAGAGGACGCUCUACAGAGAUGUGAUGCUGGAGAACUGCAGGAACCUGGCCUCCGUGGUUGCCUCCCAUAUGUCAAGUGAACAUUUGAAAAGAAAUCCACAUGGACAUUUGCACAAUGGGCAAGCUACUUGGAAAUCUACAAGGCAAUCCCAUACAGGGAUUUUUAUCAUCUCCCGCCCACCUUUCCUUUCAACCAAGAACGUAACUUUUGUGCCACUUUAUUUCAGAUUGGGUGACUCAACAUAAAACCAGAGACUCCAUCCCUCAGCGGGACACUCUUGCUAAAAAGACAUUUCAUGAAGUGAACAGAGUAUGUCUCAUGAGCAACAAUUCCCGGACCCCCACAUUAGGAGAAGACUGGAAAUGCCACAAAACAGAGGAGCCGCGCCAGCAGAGGGGGCAGAAAUUGAAGCAAGUUGCUGUUGCCCGAGAGAGAGACGGGUCUCCAGCUGGAGCCUGUGAAUAUUGUGACAUGCGGGACAAUUCUAAACCUAGCUCAAAGCUUGUGCCUUCACAGGGAGAUUCCACAAGACGAUAUAUCCCACAAUGUGGUUCGAGUAUUUUGAAACAAAAUUCUGUCUUAACCAGUAAUCAAAAAAUUUAUAAAAACGAUGAAUACGAUAGAGUCUGGAGGCAGAGCAUUCCAUUCAUUCCAUGUGUGAGGACUCCAAAAUCAAACACAUGGAUUGGCAAUCAGAGCAAUGUGCUUCACAUGCAUCAUAAAACUUACGUGGGGGUGGACAUUCGUGAGUGGGAUCCGUUUAGAAGAGUUUUUAGCCAAGAGUUUUCCCUUUGGGCACACAGAAGUCACAUUAAAGAGAAAACUUAUGAGUCUGACCAAUGUGAAAGCACUUUCCAAAAUGACUCGAUCUGUGCUGCGCAGAUGCGGUCUUAUAUGGCACAGGCAAAUAAUGAGAAUAAUCGAUGUGGAACAACCUUUGCCCCCAUUCCAAGCUCUGAUCAGCACAGGAGAAGUGGGACUAGAGAGAAAAGCUAUAGAUGUCACAACUGCAGGAAAGCCUUCGUUUAUCAGUCAUUCCUUAGAAGACACAUGGAAAUUCACACCGGAGAGAAACCCUAUGAAUGUAAGAAAUGUGGGAAAGCCUUCAGAUAUUCCUUGCACCUUAAUAAGCAUGUCAGAAAGCACAUCAUGAAGCAGUCCUUCGAAUGUAAGGAAUGUGGGAAAGCCUUCAGUAAAUCCUCAAAUCUUACUGAGCAUAUAAGGAUUCACACUGGGGAGAAACCCUAUAAAUGUGAGGAGUGUGGAAGAGCCUUCGCUCAUUCUUCAGGAUUUAAAAUCCAUCUGAAGACUCACAGUUGAGAGAAGCCCGGCGAAUGAAAGGAAUGUGGGAAAAGCUUCACUAAUUUUCUCAAAAUACUGAGUGCAGAAGGAGGAUAUAUGGGGAGGGAGCUCAAUGAGGUAAGGUCCAUGGGAAAGUCUUUCCUGAAUUCUCAUAUUCUUUUCUAAUAAAAUCCUGUAAGACGGUGAACUGCCCCUCUGUGUGCCCUGAAAACUCUGCCAUGUGAAUUUUGUACGUAGUAGCUUCAGUGCAAUUCACUUACAUACAUGUCGUCCCACCAACUUGAAGCCCUGUUUGAGCCACAUUUAAUUUAGAUUUGGUGUGCUCUGCGAUACCAUUUUUGUCCGUUUGCUGUUAUCAGUCGUGAUUCAACCGUGUUGUGGUCAGAGUCAGUGGUCUUCAUGUUGCUGAUGUGGGCUACUUAUUCUGACUUUCAUUUUGGGCUCAUGGCUGAUUCUGUCAACUGCCCGGCCAUAUCCAUUCUUCUCCUCUUUACUAAAGGUACCUAGGUUU